AUGUCUGCAAAACGUAAUACAUUUCGGGAUGAUAUUAUUGCCGGUUGUGUUUGUGGAAUAACAAGUGUACUUGUAUCUCAUCCAAUAGAGACAUUAUUAGUACAAAGAAAAAUCAAUUCACCUGAUGUCUAUCAAAAUGUCUUAAAAUCAUUUACAUUGAUAUAUAAACGUCAAGGUUUCAUCAAUGGAUUUUAUCGUGGAAAUUUAAAUUUACCUAUGACAAGUCCAGCAUUUACAACAUCUAUACAAUUUUUCUUAUAUGGACAAUUAAGACGACAUAUUGUUAAAGAUGAAAAUGAUAUUAAACAAUUUAUGUUAUGUGGUGCUUUAACGGGUUUUGGAUUAUCUUUUAUUGAAAGUCCAAUUGGUCUUAUUUUAGGACAAAUUCAUGGAAAUUUAAAUCGUCGACAUACACAUGCUUUUGAUUUUAAUAUAAAAGGUUGUUGUAAAUAUAUUUAUGAGAAUAAUCGUGGUCUAAUUGGAUUUUAUAAAGGAUUUGGAGCAACUUUAAUUUCUUCAAUGACAACAUCGAUGUUUUAUUUUGGUGGUUAUGAAUAUAUUAAAAAACAUCUUUAUCAAACACAUUAUAGAAUAUUUCCUUCACAAAAUAAAAAAAAGCAUUUACGUUUAAAUACACUUUUCAGUGGUGCAUUAGGUGGUAUGUGUGCAUGGUCAAUUUGUUAUCCUUUGGAUGUUAUUAGAUUAGAAAUACAAUCAGAUGAUAUAAGACCUGGACAUCGAAAAUAUAAUUCAUAUUUAGAUUGUGUUAAACAAAUAUAUGAACAAGAACAUAGUAUUAAAACAUUUUAUAAAGGAUUCUUGCCAGGUCUCAUAAAAGCUAUUCCAAUUAAUGCAGCAUGUUUUUUUGCUUAUGAAGAAGUGUAUCGAUUAUUAGAAUAA